AUGACGAAGCAUUCGCACCACCUCAUGAUAAUCAUCAUCUUCAUCGCCUCAUCAUCAUCCGCGCCCAUAGAGAAUCUCGUUUUCACGGGCUGCCCGCUCCAAAAAGCAUCCGCGCAAGCCCAAGUGUUCAUCACCAUCUCCUCCCUGGCAGUGGCCGCUACAGAAAGAGGCGUGGUCAAGCGGCAGUUGGAGCUGAACUGGGUGUCGCCCAACGCUCAGCCCGGAGACAGCGUCGGCCUGUACGACCGGGACCCCGCCCUAAACCCGGAAGCCCCGCCCCUCCACGCCCUGGACCCCACCCGACACCACGAAGGAUACUUCCGCAGCGACGUCGAGAUCCCCGUGCAGUUCUUCAACUUGACGUGCCUGGCCAAGAAUCCCUGUCUCGGGUUUUGGGCGGCGUACAAGGACAAGAACGGCUCCGUCCUGGACAGCUCCUGCCUCCAGACCCGGCCGUUCUGGAUGUACGAGAACCGGAAGUACCUCCAGUCCCUCCUCCUGCACGAGGCCAUGAUACCAGGGAGCCACGACUCGGGCUCCUUCUACUACGAGAACAGGACCAACACCAUCAUCAAGUACAAGUACGCGCAGGAGGAGCCCAUCUUCGACCAGCUCGUCUACGGACUGCGGUACUUCGACCUGCGCAUCGGGUACUACAGGCACAGCCAGGACAAGUACUACAUCAACCACAACUUCCUCAAGACGGAGCAUUCCGUCAAGUCCGUCCUCAACCAGGUGAAGCAGUUCCUCGACAACAGCAAGGAGAUCGUGAUCCUGGACUUCCACAACUUCCCCGUGGGCUUCGACAACAGCUUCAUCCACAUGCGCCUCAUGCAGAUCAUCCUGCGCACCUUCCGCGACUACCUCAUCCCCACCGACGCCGGCGGCCUCACCUUCGGGGAGCUGUGGGCAAAGAACAAGCGAGUCCUGGUCAGCUACGACAACAGGCUGCGCUAUCUGCACGGCAAGCUUCUGUGGCCCGCCAUUCCGAGGGCCUGGGGCAACAAGCAGCGGCCCGAGGACCUCAAGGAAUACUUCGCGGAGUUCUUCAGGGGCCCCGUGCCCCGGGGGCUCUGGGCCUCCAUGGCCGAGCUCACCCCGGACGCCCGGACCAUCGUCCUGCACCCGGACGCCGGACUGCGCAGCUUCGCGCAGGUCGUCAACAGGAACGUCACGCACUGGUUCCGGGAUCUGUACUGGCAGAGGGCCAACAUCGUGGCGACCGAUUACUUCCUGGGCAACAACAUCAUCGAUGUGGCCAUCGAUACCAAUCGAUACAAGGCGCUCUGUCCCAGGAAGCUAUGGAGCAGCUGAGAGCGAACUUUUU